AUGGCAGCGAAGAACGGAAUUAUUGAGUUCAUAGACUCAAUGAGAAAAGUAAAUUCUGACCUUUUAUUGGUUAAAGAUAAAAAUGGAAGAGGUCUACUUGCAAAUGCAAUUUUGAACCGUCAAGAAAAAAUGUUUAAAUUCAUGCUUGGAGUAAAAAAUCAUAAAGAAUUUUUUGUAUCCUAUUAUGAUGAGUUUGGAAAUAAUAUAUUACACCUCGCAGCAGAAUUCGGAAUUCCCUCUAUUAGUGGAGGCAAAUACAGUACAACUCUACAUUUAUUGAGAGAACUCCAAUGGUUCGAGGCUGUAGAAAGUAUUGUGCCUCCAGCGUGCCACGAAAGUAAAAAUAAAAUGGGUUUUACACCUGGUGAACUUUUUACCAUGAACCACCUAGAACUUAUAAAAGAUAGUCAACAAUGGUUAAAAGAGACAUCAAAUACUGGCAUAACUUUUGGUACUGUUAUCAUUACUCUCAUGUUUGCUGCAGCCAUCACUGUCCCAGGGGGAAACGAUCAAAACAAAGGCACACCCAUGUUUUUAGGUAAAGAAGCAUUUACUUUGUUCGCAGUAGCAGAUGCAAUAUCUCUAAUCACAUCUUUAUCAUCCGUCUUGUCUUUUAUGGCAAUCCUUACAUCAAGUUUUGCUGUGGAAGAUUUCAUGAAAAGCUUGCCCCUCAAGUUAUUUUUUGGCUUUGGAUUCCUAUUAUGUUCUGUGCUAUCCAUGAUGUGUGCUUUUUAUGCUGCCCUUCUUUCGAUGCUAAAAGGUUACCGCUGGAUUUUAGUAGCAACCUUGUGCACCACAGUUAUUCCAGCCUCGUUACUUAUCCCCUCUAUAUUGCGUCGCUCUACAAGGAUUCUAAGGUUCGCAAUUAGAUCUGGUUUCCACUCUAUAAAGAAUACAAAGAGUCACUGA